CCCUUCACCACCUUCUUCUAUUCUCAAACCACCUCUCUCUCACUCUCUGUUGUGUGCCUUUUCUCAUGUUUUGGGGUUACUUGGCGCAUUUAAGCCCUAAACAUGAGUUCUUAUAAAGUGAAGAAUGUUAUUGGGUUUCUAGUGUCGCUUGUGGUGAGCUUGGUGACAAUAGUCCAUGGAAAUAUUCCAACGACAGCUGAUGGACCAUUUGAGCCGGUGACUGUUGCUGUCAACCUGCCCGGAAACGCCGUGGAUUUGCCGGACACCGAUGAAAGGCUGCAAAGGACUGGUGGAGAUUUUCAGCCUGAGCAAAUUUCUGUUUCUCUUUCUUCAACUUAUGACUCUGUUUGGAUCUCUUGGAUCACAGGGGAAUUCCAAAUUGGAGACCACAUUAAACCAUUGAAUCCAAAAGAUGUGAAAAGUGUUGUUUAUCAUGGUAUCUCCAAAUCUGAAUUUACUCACAAAACCAAGGGGGAUUCACUCAUCUACAGUCAACUUUACCCUUUUGAUGGCCUUCAGAAUUACACUUCUGGAAUUAUACACCAUGUUCGUCUCAAAGGGUUGCAGCCUAACACGAUAUACUAUUAUCGGUGCGGAGAUCCUUCUAUGGGAGCAAUGAGUGAGGUCUUUUCUUUCAAGACAAUGCCUAUUCAUGGCCCCAAAAUUUACCCAAAAAGAAUAGCAGUCGUGGGAGACCUAGGUCUUACUUACAAUACCACUUCAACAGUUGAACAUAUGAUACAAAACGAUCCUAAUCUUAUUCUAAUGACUGGGGAUGCAACUUAUGCUGAUUUGUAUUUGACAAAUGGUACUGGGGCCGAUUGCUACUUUUGUGCUUUUGGUCAUACUCCCAUUCAUGAGACCUAUCAGCCUCGUUGGGAUUAUUGGGGCAGGUACAUGCAGCGUGUGGUGGCUAAAGUUCCAAUAAUGAUGAUAGAAGGAAAUCAUGAUGUAGAAGAACAGGGUGGUGAUGUGCAAUUUGCAUCCUACAGCUCUCGAUUCGCAUACCCAUCCAAAGAGAGUGGAUCCAAAUCCACAUUGUAUUAUUCUUUCAACGCAGGGGGCAUACAUUUUAUAAUGCUUGGAACCUACACUGCAUAUAACAAAUCAUCGGUGCAAUACAAGUGGUUGAAGAAAGACCUUGCUAAGGUUGACAGAGAAGUGACUCCAUGGUUGGUAGCUAGUUGGCAUGCACCUUGGUACAACAGCUACAAGGCGCAUUACAGAGAGGCAGAGUGUAUGAUGAUAGAAAUGGAAGAAUUGCUCUAUAAAAAUGGUGUUGACUUGGUCUUUAAUGGACAUGUUCAUGCAUAUGAGAGGUCAAAUAGAGUAUAUAACUACACCUUGGAUCCGUGUGGACCGGUCUACAUCACCAUUGGAGACGGUGGUAAUCGAGAGGAUAGGGCAAUUCCAUUUGCUGAUGAACCUGGUUCCUGUCCAAAGCCAUCCAGCAGACUUGGCAAUUGUGCAACCAAUUUCACAUCAGGCCCGGCAGCCGGUAAAUUUUGCUGGGACCGGCAACCUGAUUUUAGUGCUUACCGGGAAAGUAGCUUUGGGCAUGGGAUUCUGGAGGUGAAGAAUGAGACACACGCUCUGUGGACAUGGCACCGCAAUCAGGACAUGUACAAUGAGAUUGGAGAUCAGAUUUACAUUGUAAGGCAACCUGAUAAGUGCCUUGUGAAACCCAAGAUAUCCAAGAUGUUUCAAUCUGUUUAAGCCCUUUAAUGGCACGCAGGCAUGUUAUAUAAUAUGCUUCUUUCCAAGUAGCAAGCUGAGGCAUAUCGUUCACGAAGACCUGCAAAGAAGAGAUUGCUGCAAGAAGAUAUGCAUUUGGUUGUGACCUUUUCUGCUUUUUUUUCCUUUUUUUUUUUCAGUUUGUAGAACGAAAAUCAAUCAGCUUUUGCUAUUUCUGGCAGGCCAUUGAUCUGUUGAAUAAAAAUUUGUGACCUUUAAUAUGAAGAAAUGUCAGUUUAUAUCUAUGUAUGUGGUUUGGCUUUUA